UGUCGAAACUUACCUUUACUUAACUGCCAAUCACUCCACUCCAAACCUGAAAGUGAAGAAGUACAAAGAGCAUGCGUGCAGCGAAUGCACUACGCAACGUCAAAGCAACAAUUCGACAGUGCCAUCAAGGAUGUCCAAAUUAAGCACGAAAAAGCUUAGCUUCACAUGCAAUGCCAGACCGACAGAUAGACCGUUGACUUUCUCUGACAUGAAAAACCUAUAGUGGCACAUAUUGACUAAACACUUCUGCCAAGCUAGAGCAUGUGUGUACUGACAUGGAACACGAGAAACGCCGAGAACGUUCCCGUUCCAGAGAGAAGGAGCACUUCUGGCACGGUGACAAGAUUACGAAAUCCACUCAGACCGUUGCUCCAACAAACUUCCCAUGUGUGCUCCACAUACGUACUAGAGUGGUUAGAAAUUCUUAAACCAUUCCAAGCUCUUGUCUAUUGAAAAUGGUGUGCGAAACCAAGUUCUACGACAUCCUGGGCGUCAACCCUAAAGCCACGGAUGCGGAACUCAAGAAGGCUUAUCGCAAACAAGCCCUCAAGUAUCAUCCAGACAAGAAUCCCAAUGCUGGUGACAAGUUCAAGGAAAUAUCCCAAGCCUAUGAAGUGUUGUCCGAUCCAGAGAAUCGAGAGAUCUAUGAUGAAUUCGGUGAACAAGGUAUCAAGGAACAAGGUGGUCGUGGGGGUGGGGCGGGCUUCACCUCCCCCAUGGACAUGUUUAACAUGUUCUUUGGAGGGGGGAUGCCCGGGGGCGGGGGGCGGACUCGCUCCAAAACCAAGUCCCAGCCCAUGGUUCACAAAUUGAGCGUCAGCUUGGAAGAGUUGUACAUGGGGAAGUUGAGGAAAAUCGCGGCCAAUCGCGAUCUGAAAUGCAGCGGAUGUGAUGGAAAAGGCGGCUCCAAUGUUACCGCUUGUUCAGACUGCAAGGGGCGUGGUGUGAAGGUGUCGAUGCGGCAGAUAGGACCCGGAAUGAUCCAGCAGAUGCAAUCGGCUUGUGAUAAGUGUCAAAGCAAAGGUGAAGUGGUCGACCCCAAAUCCAUUUGUAAGACUUGCAAAGGCAAACGAACGGUCAGAGACAAGAAAAUCUUGGAGAUUCAUAUUGAGGCUGGAAUGGCGAGUAAUCGCAAGUUCACUUUCCACGGUGAAGGAGAUCACGAACCCGGAAAAGAGCCUGGAGACGUCAUCAUUCAACUGGAAGAGAAAGAACACUUGUUGUUCCAACGUCAUGGAACCGAUCUCUCCAUGAGGAUAGACAUCUCACUUCACGAGGCUCUUUGUGGGCUCAAGAUUCCCAUUCAGACUUUGGAUAAUCGACACAUUCUCCUGUCCACCCAACCUGGCGAGAUUGUUAAACAUGGGGCCAUGAAGAUGGUUGAAGGUGAAGGGUUUCCAACUCACAGAGAUCCAUUCCACAAGGGAAGACUGAUCGUGGUGUUCAAUGUCGAGUUCCCGAGCCAACUGAAUGUGGAAGUAGCCACGGAGUUGGCCAAUCUUCUGCCCAAGCCUCAAGGCAAAGUCAUUCCAAAGGACUCUGAUGUGGUCAAGAUGGCCGACUUUGACGGACAAGGAGCUUGGAAGGGAGGAAUCGAUGAGAACGAAAAUCGUCAUGAGGAUCAAGAGGAUGACCAUGAGCAUCAAUCAAAUGGACAUGGACACCAUCGAGGGCCUCAAUGUGCCCACCAAUAGCUGAUUUGAUGAUGAUGACACUCAUUUUAGAAUUUCAAGGUUCGGGUUCGUCAAACGUCAAUCCUAAUUCAUAGAACGUUUGUACCUCAUGCUAGAACAAGUGAUCUUUUGGGUCCACAAUUUCAUCCCAUGUUUUGUAAUGAAUGAUUGAAUAAAAAAUCAACGCUUU